GUUGGCAAUGAGCUUAUUCCUGGACCUCAAGCCCAAAAUGUUCUCCCUGCAAUGCAGAAUGUGCGAAAUGCAUUGCAAUCAAUUGGCCUCCAAGAUAAGAUCAAAGUCUCAACAUCUGUUUCCACUGCAGUCCUUGGAAACUCCUACCCUCCAUCUGCUGGUGCCUUCUCAUCGGAUGCCCUCCCCGCUCUCCAACCCAUUAUUGGUUUCCUCACCGGUACUGGUGCGCCGCUCCUUGCCAAUGUUUACCCUUACUUUUCUUAUAUCGGCAACCUCAAUACAAUCUCCCUCGCUUAUGCGCUCUUUACUUCGCCUGGGUCGGUGGUUUCAGACGGACAGUUGCAGUAUCAAAAUCUUUUUGAUGCAACUGUUGAUGCCCUCUAUGCGGCUCUUGAGAAGGUAGGAGGAAACAACGUCGCCAUAGUGGUGUCAGAGAGUGGCUGGCCAUCGGAUGGUGGGGUGGGUGCGACGACGGAGAAUGCCCAGACGUAUGUCUCUAAUUUAAUAAGGCAUGUGGGGCAGGGAACACCCAAACGACCAGGGAACUAUAUUGACACUUUUAUCUUUUCCAUGUUUGAUGAGAACAUGAAACAACCACAAGGAACAGAGAAUCAUUAUGGUCUGUUUAAUCCUGAUAAGCAGCCUAAAUAUUCUCUCAGCUUUUAA